AUGACCCACACAGAGACCAUUGCAGAGAUCCACUUGAAGCCCUACUAUACCCAGGUUUACCAAGAGAUUUGGGUAGGAAUGGGGUUGAUGAGCUUCAUUGUUUAUAAAAUCAAGAGUGCUGAUAAAAGUAAAGCUUUGAAAGGUUCAAGUCCUGCACCUGCUCAUGGUCAUCAUUAG